UCUGCAUAGUUUGAAAAUAAAGACACCAAAGAUGAUUUGCUCUCGAGAAAGACAAGAAAAGGAAGAAGAAUCCAAUUCUGAGAUGUUUCAGGAAAACAACGUUCAAGAAGAAGAAGAAGAAGAGGAGGAUGAAAGAUUCGAUUCCGGCGGCGGCGCUAUCCACCAACACCACCCCAUCUCCGCCGCCAAACACCGCCCCACCACCAAAACCCCCGACAAAUGCACCGCCUGUGGCUGCUCCAUGAAACGCCCAUCCCCCUCUCUCCAAGAACCCUCCCCCAAAAGGCUCUCUCUGCUUCCACCCUCCCCUUCUCUUCUCUACCGGAGCCUCUCCGAACCAAUUGAUUCUCUGGGUAUACUCAACGCCGAGAAUUCCAAGAUUGCACCAUCUCCGGUGAAGAAUUCUGAGUCUCGGGAUCGGCCGCCAAUCCCUCCUCUCCAUAGAUCUUUAUCUGACCCCACCGUCGCAUUAGAGUUCCGGCCGCCGCUUGUCCCCUCUCCGCCUAGACCCAUCAAAUCCCCACCUAGCAGCUCCGCUCAAGGGAGUCCCAAUACCAAGAGGCUUAAGAGGAUGAAAGAUAGACUGGGACAGAUGAGACAAUGGUGGGAUCAAGUGUUGCAAGAAGAAGAAGAUGAAGAUUCCUAUGCCGCAGAAGAUAACAACUCAAAGGAGGAAGAGAAGGGAGAGGAGGCGAAAACGACGUCGUCAUCCGCGGGGGAGGAAUCAGUGUGGGUGGAGGAGAAAGGUGGGGAGGGCUUAGUGAUCCACUUCAAGUGUCCAUGCAAGAAAGGCUAUGAGAUCCUUCUUUCUGGAAACAAAUGCUACUACAAACUCAUGUAGUACUCUUCAUCUUCAAAGUUUUGAUCCAUUUUCUGUGUAAUUCAUUUUCAAUUCCUGGUUCAAUCCACUGUGUAGUUGAAUUGAUUUCUUCAAAGUUUUGAUCCAAAACACACUUUAUAAUCUUUCAAUUUUCAAACUACUUUUAGUCCAA